GCGUGUGUACACUGGCGAAAUUGCCUGUCAUGGGCUGCAGUAAUAACAGUAGCAAGUGUCCUUGCAGCACAAAUCCCAAUCGCAGACGUCGACGGCACGCUACGCGCCACAGACAUAAUCCUCGCCCGGCCGGAUGAAGCCAAAAAGCGGUGACAAGGACGACGAGGAUGGCGAUGAUCAGGACGAUCACUUCGAAGGCGAUCCACGGCCCAUGCCCUACGACUUUGAAAAGGAAUUGAUUAACAAUUCAAAUAAGCAUAUACGCAUAUCUGAAGUCUUUGGUCCGCCGAAUAUAGUCUAUCCAAUCACUUCCAAAUUUUAUUCCAAAUACGAGCCACAGUCUAUUUUAAAGAAGCCGGCGCAGGCGCACCGCCACAGAUUCCAUAAAGCGCCGCCGGAUUAUCCGUUGCUGGAGUCACAGAUGUACGGCUGGAUACCGUCGCAGUGUCGAGAAGCUGCCACAUAUUUAAAUUGCAUACACGCGCCAAAACGACGCUGUCGCAUGACAAUACACGGAGAACAAAUUAUAGCGGGCCGAAUUACUGAGCGCCCGCCUUUCAACGGUCUAAAAUUCAUACUUCAUUAACAUAUGUUACUUAUACGAGAUAGUUAUCACAUGCCAUGAUGA